CGCUCGAGCCCGUCACACAAUGGUCUGCUCCCUUUUUGUUCUUUCCAUUCCACUGACCAACCUGCAUAUAGGCAGUACAAGGGAUAACAGCGACGACGAGCACAAACAUCACAGGUGCUACUCACAAUUCUACGCCUAGUAUUAUGCCGCCAGAGCUCGAGCAGACGCUCGCUCUUCUAUCAUCACAUCGUUCUGUCCUCGGAUACCUUCUGCUCUCGCGUGGAGACCAUGUUAGUAUCAUACGUCAUUCAGGCGUCGUUUUUGAAGGAGAACAGGGGAAGAAGUACGCGAGCGUCAUAGGCAGGAUGGUUGAGACCGUGCAGGCAGGCUUGGAUGAAGUAAGUGUGUCAGAAAAUGAUGGAGACCAGAUUCGCUUCAUGAGAAUACGGACCAAACGCCAUGAAAUCAUGAUUUCGCCUGAUGAAAGAUAUCUCCUCGCGGUGUUGCAUGAUCCCGCUUCGUGAAUUUACCCUCACUUAUCAUAUUCUCUCAUAUCUUUGUGUUUAUCUUACGACUGUAUCGGUAGGAUCUCUUGGUAAUGCAGGCUUUUGAAAACGAUACAAUCAUUCUCCACUCGGUGCAUUGCGGUGAUGGUGGUAAUACAAAGUGCUACAUAUUUUGGCUGACAUCUCUCCUUGGACGCCGUAGUAGGUUGGCUUGGCCUCGUACCUGUAAAUGUGUCAUCAGUCUUUAGUCGAAUAACCAAGCGAACAGCUCCUCCUAGUACUUUAUCUCCUCCAAGGGUUCUACACCUAUGAUGCAACCUAGACCAGCGCAAUCUGGCUCAUCUUGCAUUUCUUCUUCUUGGAAAGCACUUCGACGCGGUUAA